AACCCAAAAACACCCUCUCCUCAAACACCGACCAUCUAACCCAAUAAACUUCUGACAUACCCCUCCAACAAAUCUCAUCCAAAAUCCAACAAAUCCAUCAUCCAUUUGAAUAAUAAAAUCACAAAUCGAUGUUUGCUAAGCAUCACCAAAGGUAUCAUCACACGACUAAUCUCUCACACCAGUCAAUACUCAAUUAUUACCUCUGACAACUUUGUCUUCAAAAUAUUAUGGUCAUAGACUCAUAUAUAUUUUGAUUCAAUAUUUUAGUCAAUAAAAACUUGUUAAUUACAUAAUAAUUAUAUCUCAAAAAAUUAUUUAAUAUAUAUUUUUUCGUAAGAAAAAUCACUAGAUUAAACCCUAAGAUAAUCAUUUAUUGAGAAAGACAACUACCGUUUCUCAAAUGUACGUAUUGGUUGGACCGCCUUGUUGGUUAAGCAAGUUAAUGCAAGUUCAAUUUGAAUGAGCAUUGAGUUGUUUAAAGUUUAAUCACACUUAACUACUUCCUUGAAAAAUGCUGAAAAAACUAAUGCACAAAGUGAGCACAUCCCUCAACAAAAGCUUUAAAAAGCGCACCAAACCCUAUAUAACCCACCAAACCCCAUCAUCUCCACCACCCCAAUUGCCACCACCACCACCACCACCACCACCACCACCACUUCGAUCACCAUCUCCGCCACCAAUGAUGCCACGAAGCACAAAGCAAUCAAUACCAUUCACAUUCCCACAGGCACAUUCCACUGUCCUCCCUGACCCCUCCAACUUCUUCUCCCCAAACCUGCUCUCCACACCACCACCCACAAACUCCUUCUUCCAAAACUUCACUCUCAAAAAUGGUGACCAACCUGAAUACAUUCACCCUUACCUCAUCAAAUCCUCAAACUCCUCUCUUUCCCUCUCAUACCCAUCUCGCUUUUCCAACUCUGCUUUCAUAUACCAGGUUUUCAACGCCGAUCUCACCAUCUCUUCCUCUUUGAAAACCGACCCAGUUCCCCAUUUGAACCAUAGAAUCUCAUCCUACAAUGAUCUCAGUGUCACAUUGGAUAUCCCUUCUUCAAAUCUGCGGUUUUUCCUCGUCAGGGGAAGCCCCUUUUUGACUGUUUCUGUUACCCAACCAACCCCUCUUUCAAUCUCAACAAUCCACGCCAUUCUCUCUUUUUCUUCCAAUGAUUCCCUCACCAAGCACACUUUUAGCCUUAACAAUGGGCAGACUUGGAUUCUCUAUGCUUCUUCCCCAAUCAGGUUGAGCCAUGGCCUCUCUGAGAUUGCCUCUGAUGCGUUUUCCGGCGUGAUUCGGAUAGCGUUGUUGCCGGAUUCUGAUUCGACGCACGAGGCGGUUCUUGACAGGUUCAGUUCUUGUUACCCUGUGUCUGGUGAUGCUGUGUUUGCAGGACCGUUUAGUGUGGAGUAUAAGUGGGAGAAGAAAGGGUGGGGUGAUUUGUUGCUGUUGGCUCACCCUCUUCAUCUUCAGCUUUUGUCUGAUACUGAUUGCGAUGUUACGGUUCUGAGUGAUUUUAAGUAUAGCAGCAUUGAUGGGGAGCUUGUUGGUGUUGUUGGGGAUUCAUGGUUUUUGAAAACUGAUCCUGUUUCUGUGACUUGGCAUUCCACCAGGGGUGUGAGAGAUGAGUCCCGUGAUGAAAUUGUUACAGCCCUUUUGAAAGAUGUUGAUGGUCUGAAUUCAUCUGCAAUCACAACAAAUUCUUCAUACUUUUAUGGGAAAUUGAUUGCAAGGGCAGCAAGGUUGGUAUUGAUAGCUGAAGAGGUGAGCUUCCUUGAUGUUAUUCCAAAGAUUAGGAAGUAUUUGAAGGAAGCCAUUGAGCCCUGGCUGGAUGGAACUUUUAAUGGGAAUGGAUUUCUCUAUGAUAGGAAGUGGGGAGGGGUUAUUACAAAGCAAGGUUCUACUGAUACUGGGGCUGAUUUCGGGUUUGGAGUUUACAAUGAUCAUCAUUAUCAUUUGGGGUACUUUGUUUAUGGAAUUGCAGUGCUUGCAAAGAUUGACCCAGUUUGGGGAAGGAAAUAUAAGCCUCAGGCCUAUUCGCUCAUGGCAGAUUUCAUGACCUUCAGCAGAAGAUCAAACUCGAAUUACACGCGUCUAAGGUGUUUCGACCUUUAUAAAUUGCACUCCUGGGCUGGAGGGUUAACCGAGUUUGGUGAUGGAAGAAAUCAGGAGAGCACCAGUGAAGCUGUGAAUGCAUAUUACUCUGCAGCAUUGAUGGGUUUGGCAUAUGGAGACACCCAUCUGGUUGCUACUGGAUCGACACUUACAGCUUUCGAAAUCCACGCAGCUCAAAUGUGGUGGCAUGUAAGAGAAGGAGAUAAGCUUUAUGAGGCAGAUUUUACCAAAGAGAACAAGGUAGUUGGUGUGUUAUGGGCUAACAAGAGAGACAGUGGACUAUGGUUUGCUCCUCCUGAGUGGAGAGAGUGUAGGCUUGGGAUUCAGCUCUUGCCUUUGCUGCCUAUUUCUGAAGUUCUAUUCUCAAAUGUUGAUUUUGUUAAGGAGCUUGUGGAGUGGACAUUACCUGCAUUGAAUAGGGAAGGUGUUGGAGAAGGAUGGAAGGGGUUUGUGUAUGCAUUGCAAGGAGUUUAUGAUAAUGAAGGCGCAUUGCAGAAGAUCAGAAGCUUAAAUGGUUUUGAUGAUGGAAACACAUUGACUAAUCUCUUGUGGUGGAUUCACAGCAGAGGUGAUGAAGAAGAGAAAUUCGGUCAUGGGAAACACUGCUGGUUUGGUCAUUACUGCCACUAGAUUUGUUAUAUUGGAGUUCAUCUACAAGCUACAAAUCAACCAUCCAGGAGUAUCACUGCAGUGGUCUACACAUACACAGGACAACAAUGCAUCACUUUAAUUUUACCAAAGCCAGUGGAAGUUCUCUAAUGG